CCACACGGGCCCGCUGUGUCCAGAGCUGCAGGUUCGGUCGGAAUGUGAACGCAUCAACUACGUGAUGAGCAAAGGCAAGUGCGUGAAUUGCCUUUCCAGCCAGCACCCCGCUUCGCAGUGCCCCAGCAACAAAAGAUGCCAAGUGUGUAGACAAAAGCAUCAUACUCUUUUGCACGUGAAAUCUUCCGAAGCUGCGAAGUGACAACCACAUUCCGUUUCGCCACCACGUGGUGUCCGGCGUCCCUGCUCCGUGCUUCCGUCGCCGCGUUCCCGCUCCGUGCCGCCAUCCACAAGCAUUAGUGCCGUGCUUUCAGCGAUGGCCGAUCCACGUGGUGUCCGGCGUUCCUGCUCCGUGCUGCCGUCCCCGCGUUCCCGCUCCGUGCCGCCAUCCACAAGCAUUAGUGCCGUGCUUUCAGCGAUGGCCGAUCCACGUGGUGUCCGACGUUCCUGCUCCGUGCUACCGUCCCCGCGUUCCCGCUCCGAUCCACGUGGUGUCCGGCGUUCCUGCUCCGUGCUUCCGUCGCCGCGUUCCCGCUCCGUGCCGCCAUCCAAAAGCACUAGUGCCGUGCUUUCAGCGAUGGCCGAUCCACGUGGUGUCCGACGUUCCUGCUCCGUGCUACCGUCCCCGCGUUCCCGCUCCGAUCCACGUGGUGUCCGGCGUUCCUGCUCCGUGCUGCCGUCCCCGCGUUCCCGCUCCGUGCCGCCAUUUACAAGCACUAGUGCCGUGCUUUCAGCGAUGGCCGAUCCACGUGGUGUCCGGCGUUCCUGCUCCGUGCUGCCGUCCCCGCGUUCCCGCUCCGUGCCGCCAUCCACAAGCAUUAGUGCCGUGCUUUCAGCGAUGGCCGAUCCACGUGGUGUCCGACGUUCCUGCUCCGUGCUACCGUCCCCGCGUUCCCGCUCCGAUCCACGUGGUGUCCGGCGUUCCUGCUCCGUGCCUUCGUCGCCGCGUUCCCGCUCCGUGCCGCCAUCCACAAGCAUUAGUGCCGUGCUUUCAGCGAUGGCCGAUCUACUUGGUGUCCGGCGUUCCUGCUCCGUGCUGCCGUCCCCGCGUUCCCGCUCCGUGCCGCCAUCCACAAGCAUUCGUGCCGUGCUUUCAGCGAUGGCCGAUCCACGUGGUGUCCGGCGUUCCUGCUCCGUGCUUCCGUCGCCGCGUUCCCGCUCCGUGCCGCCAUCCAAAAGCACUAGUGCCGUGCUUUCAGCGAUGACCGAUCCACGCGCUCGGUCCGUUUCGCCGCCGCGUGGUGUCCUGCGUUCCUGCUCCGUGCUGCCGUCCCCGAGUACUAGUGCCGUGCUUUCAGCGAUGGCCGAUCCACGCGCUCGGUCCGUUUCGUCGCCGCGUGGUGUCUUGCAUUCCCGCUCUGCUCAGCCAUUGCUAAGUGUGCGCGCAUCUUCCCCUGCAAUGGAUGAUGGUGGUAUCGUAUCCGCCUGUUCCAAUCUAAGCCAUCCCCUAGCAGUGAGGAUGGCUCCAGCUGCCCAGCGUUCCGCUACGUGUGGUUCAAUGCAUCUGUCUGAUGUAUCAUCUCGUGACGUCUCUAACCUUGCCAACCACGUUUUGCUAGCAACUGUUGCGGUGCUUAUUCAAGACGGCCUGGGGGAGUGGCAACGAAUCCGUUGCCUGCUAGAUUCUGGGUGCCAAAUCCAAGCCAUCACGGCGUCCGCUGUGAAACGGUUGAGGUUACCGUUACUGUCUGAGAAAAUUACGCUAAUGGGGAUAAGUGGUAAACUCCCUGUAUCGAAUAAAAUUCGUACAAAAGUCAUAGCAAUUAAUGGAUCCUACCGUUUCAGCUCCAAUUUCUACGUCAUACCGGAACUCAGUGCGCAACCCUAUCGCACAAUCAAGCAGGACGAACUGAGCCUCCCACCUGGCAAGCGACUCGCCGAUGAAAACUUCAGUCAUACAGGGCCAGUUGAUGCGAUAUUAGGGGCCGGAAUAUGCUAUGACUCGCUCGGUGCAGGACUUCAUCGCUUACCUAAUGGACUCACUUUACAAAACACCAAAUUCGGUUGGAUAGUUGGAGGGUUGCUAUGCAAUAUGACCCCCACUAAUCUCCACUCGCGGAGUUGUCAUAAGGCGACCUAUAUUGACGACCUGGAAGUGAGCCUUGAGCGAUUUUGGAAGGUGGAAGAACUGCCACCUGACGUCCCAGACCGGUUAGCUUUACAAGACCAUGAGCUCGAGGAACAUUUCAGAGCUCACACGAAGAUUGCUGAGGAUGGUCGAUACGUCGUCCGGAUUCCCCUACGGGGGGAGUUGACGCAACUGGGAGACUCCAUCGAACAGGCUCAACGACGAUUAUUAUCACUCGAGCGGAAGCUGUCUCGGCAUGAAGACACUUAUGAGGAGUACCGAAAGUUCAUGCGCGAAUAUCUUGAGCUAAGACACAUGACCCCUGUACCGGCAGACGAACUACAUAAGGUUCGAUACGUAAUCCCACAUUCGUGUGUGAUAAAACCAGAUUCUACAACCACGAAGCUGCGAGUAGUCUUCGACGCGAGUGCGAAGUCCACCACUGGAAUUUCGCUUAACGACCUACAAGCCAUCGGGCCAGUGAUACAACCGGAUCUCCUUCACUUAUGGUUGCAUUUUCGGACGCAAACAGUGGUGGUUACAGCGGACAUUGCGAAGAUGUAUCGCCAAAUCUGGGUAGCUGACUCGGACACCUGGAUGCAGUGCAUAUUAUGGCGCGAAGAUGCAAGAGAUACCGCUCAAAUGUAUAGGCUCCGUACCGUCACUUACGGCGAGGCCUCCUCGUCAUAUCUUGCGUGUAGAGCGUUAUAUGAGGCGGGCGAGGAAGUGCGUUCAUCCAAUCCGGAAAUCGCUGACGCCAUUCAGCGCUCAUUCUACGUGGAUAACCUGUCCUUGGGUGCUGCGACUCCGGACGAAUUACGUGUGCUUAGCUGCGGGAUUGAACGGGCACUUAUGAAUAGAGGAAUGCCCUUACGGAAAUGGGCAUCCAAUGUCCCUGCAGUAGUACAUGAUGUGCCAGAAGAACACCUUGACUCUCCGGUGCAAAUCGGCGACAGACAGGCUAUCAAAAUGCUGGGUCUAGCGUGGUGUCCUUCAGAAGACACAUUCCAGCUUAUCAUUGACAAUGAUUGCCACCUGCCCGUAAACUCCAUGACCAAACGAUGCUUAGUGGCAAGAAUUGCCAAACUUUACGAUCCAGUUGGAAUCCUGCAACCCGUGAUCAUCACCGCAAAAAUCCUCAUGCAAAAUCUAUGGCGCGACAAUCUUACAUGGGACGAAACUGUACCACCUCAUGCCCUUGCUAAGUGGAACGAGUUUGCGGCUCAACUACCAGUCCUUCGGCAGCUACACAUCCCAAGAAUGGCGCUGCCAAGUGAAGCAGAAAAUAGUACCAUCUAUGGUUUUUGUGAUGCCUCAACAAAAGCAUAUGGGUGUGCAAUAUACGUUCGCUACUUGGAUGGUAAUGGAGAAAGACGAUCGCGACUCCUAUGUGCCAAGUCAAGAGUUGCACCGCUGAAGGAACUGACUUUGCCCAGACUAGAACUCCAAGCAGCACUCUUGCUAGCUGAACUCUACGUGAAAAUAAGGGACGUAUUCGGCACCCGAGUCCAACAAACUAGAUGGUGGACUGACUCGCAAGUCGUAUUAGCCUGGAUACGUUCCGAUAAUUCGAAAUUAGACGUCUUCGUAAAAAAAUCGAGUAUCCAAGAUAUGCGCUGCGACCAAUGCAUGUGAUUGGCACUAUGUGCCAACAAAGCUAAACCCGGCAGACAUCGUAUCCAGGGGACUUCCAGCUAGCAAAUUGAUUCCUGCCCACAAACCAAUGAUGGUUACGAGACCAUAUCAGAAGAGGUUGCAGCCCCACCACAAGCUUUAGCGGCAACCGUAGGCCCCGCUUGUGAAGAUUUGAUAGCUCAAUAUAAGUACCACAAUUCCUUCAUUAAGACGAGGCGACAUUUCGCAUGGCUUAGCAGAAUCAUCCACAACUUCAAAGUUAAUUCUGCCAGGCUCCGUGUGACCUCUUCUACGGUGGAAAGAAAAACCGGUCCCUUGCUGCUGGACGAAUU